UUGUGACAAGCCUAAGAUGUCUGCGCCCUGUGCCGGAGAGAAAACUGGUGACUGAUUGUGUUUUUGCACACAGCAACGUUCUGUUUGUAUAAAGUUUAAAUAGAUAUCCAGUCAUGUCAAACACAAAGUUGCAAACAUUGAGACUUUUGAGAUCUUUGUUACGGGAACUUCGAGAGGUCAAAAAUAGUUCUCCUAGAAACACAAUGGCCUACGGCUACCUGAUGGAUCAGUUCCGAAAGAACCAGGUCACCUCGGAGAAGUACUGCAAAGAACACAAUGAGAUGUUACAUCAGGCCCAGACGUAUCUUUGUCUGCUCAGGAGUACGCGAGAACAUGAGGCUUUGCAGGCAGUAUACAGGAGGGGAGAGAGGACUGUAGCAGAAAGUGCCAACCUGGUCGGCUUACAGCUACCCAAACCCUACGAAGAAUGAAUCUCGGAUGUUUUUCUUAACUAAUUAUACUUAAACACAUUAUCUUUGUAUAAAAACACUUUAACGAUUGUAUAUACUGUAAUUAGGGAGGGAAAAAAGUAGUGAAGUGUUGUAGAUUAUGGUGAUUGACCCGUUAACUAAUAAGUGUACUUGGAUGUGGAUGUGGUAAAACAUGCCAAAUAAUAUCACAGAACACAGCAGAAAUAAGGUAGAAUCUUAAGGAGUGUUUGUGAAUUACAGAGGUCCGAACAUGGAAGUCAUGGAUCACAAUGUACGUUUUCUAUAGCAGUAGACUCCACAAUAUGUGACUUUCCCGUGCUUUAAACUAACAAUGUAAUUUGUCCAUGACCCAGUUCGCAAUCGUAACCCUUACAACUGACAGUAUGAGUCAACAAUUGGCAAUUUGGAAAGUUUACCGGUUGGCCACACUUGUGAUGGACUUAAUUUGGUUAAAGAUGACAACAGUCUCCAUAACUUUUACCAAACAGAUCUAACAGGAAGUUAACAGUGAGAAUACAAUAUAUUCAGGAGACUGAAAACAACCAUGAAUAUUCAGAUAAGGAUUGGUGUGUGUUAAUGUGUUCAUUCCUUUUUGUUGAUUUUGGAUUUAACUUACAGUUUAACUGAAUUAAAGGAACAAGCUAGUGAUGUUUGUAACUGAUGUUUGAA